CUUCAUUGUUCAAGUUUUAGUGGCCGUUUUAAUUUCCUCAUAUGUGCGUGUGAUAAAUAUAUUUGUGCUGCAUUUGUGGUGGAAUAUAUAAGGCCCGGACACCACAAUGCGACUGUUGUUGAUUUGUCUACUCUGUACAUUGGCGUUACUUGUUGAAGGUCAGGAGCUGAACUGUACUGAACCUUGCAGCUGCUGUAAUUUGAAUGGUGCGUCUGGCUGUUCAAUUCAUCCAGCAAUAGGGACUGACUUUUGUUUUGAUGGUUGCGUUGAUACAAUUUACGGCCAUAGAUGUAAGAACAAGUGUGAUGGGAAUUGUCUCAAAUGCGAACAAGAACACGGUUCCCCCUGCAAUGCUUGUAAAGACACAUAUUUUAAUACAAGUAGCCAUUGUAGUCAAGCGUGUUCUGUCGGUUGUGUGGACCAACUUUGUGAAGAUGAUGGAGAAUGCAACUGUACAAGCGUUUUCGAAGGGGCAACAUGUACAACGUGCAUUCAAGGCAAAUAUGGUGAAAAUUGCACCCUCAACUGCACUUACGAGAAUUGCAGAUGCACGUUCGAUGACGGUUGUGAUUCUUGCAAAGUCGGGUAUUACAAUACGAGUACCCAAUGUACAACAUCAUGCUCAAAUGGUUGUGUGGAUGGGGAAUGCUUUGAAAACGGUAACUGUUCAUGUCUUCCAAACUUCAAUGGAACUACUUGUAUUCUUUGUGACGCGGGGUUAUUCGGGGAUUAUUGCAAUAACACGUGUCCCAGUAACUGCACAUCGUGUGAUCGCUUCACUGGAGUAUGCGACGAAUGUCCUAGCACAACUGUAUAUGGCGACUUUUGCAACAUUUCUUGCAGUCAAUCUUGCAUCGACUUGGAAUGCUUACAAAAAUCUGGCAACUGUACUGUCGGGUGUUUGAUGAACUUUUAUGACCAGCAGUGCGACAAAAAAUGUUCUGUUAAUUGCAAAGAAGGUGACACGAAUUUAACCCAAUGUGAUAGGUCUGGAAAUUGUACAAAUGGUUGCAACGAAGGGUUUAGGGGAGAUAAUUGUGAUGAUCCGUGCAAUGUGAGUUGUGUAUCAUGUGAUCAGACGACUGGCAUAUGCGACAAAUGUAACAUAGGUACUGUUUUUGGCGAAUAUUGCCAAAAUGAAUGUAAUAAAACAUGUUUUGAUUUGGAAUGUAACAAGGUCUCGGGAAAGUGUUCUAAUGGAUGCAAUGAUCAAUACUUUGGGGAGUUUUGUGAGAUUGAAUGUCCAGUCAACUGUUUACAAAUUGGUAAUGAGAGCCGCUGCUUUCAAAACGGAACAUGCAGAAACGGUUGCAUUGAUGCGUUUUGGGGUGACCAAUGCGAUUAUCCUUGCAGGACCCAAAGCUGUUUAUGCACAAGCAAUGAAAGGUGCGUCGACUGUAGAGAUGGGUUCUAUGAUACAAAUACUUAUUGUGAAAAACCUUGCUCUAACGGUUGCGUAAAUGGUAAUUGCAUUGAAAACGGAAGUUGCUUAUGUCUACCAAACUUUGUUGGAAGCAAAUGUACAUAUUGCCUUGAGGGAUUAUUUGGGGAGCAUUGCAAUGAAACUUGCCCGGGUAAUUGCUCAUAUUGUAAUCGUACCACUGGUGUUUGCCAAGAAUGUUCGACUAAUACAGUUUAUGGUGAAAAUUGCAAUGUUCCAUGCAGUCAAACAUGCAUUGAUUCUCAGUGUAUGCAGAUAACUGGCAACUGUGCCAAAGGGUGUCUACCAAACUAUCAUGAUCUGAAAUGUGACAAAGAAUGCUCCGAAAAAUGCAAAGAUGGCGAUUUAAAUUCAUCGCGAUGCGAUAGAACAGGGCGAUGUUUAAAUGGUUGUAAGGAAGGUUACUGGGGCAACACAUGUGAAACAGCAUGCUAUGUGAACUGUAUUUCUUGCGAACAGGAUACUGGUAGCUGCAAACAAUGUAACAGUAACACGAUGCAUGGUGAAUAUUGCAACAAAACAUGCAGCCCAAAUUGUAUUGAUAACAAAUGCUAUAAAGACAGUGGAUAUUGUAUCAAUGAUUGCAUUGAUGGCUAUUUCGGAGAUUUAUGCAUACGUAGAUGUCCAAGUACAUGUAAGCCACAAAAUUAUCAAAAGCUAUGCGAUAACAAUGGAGUGUGUUUAAACGGAUGCGUUGAUGGAUAUUACAAAGACCUUUGUGACGAAACUUGUAUCAGCAACUGUCUUUACUGCGACCAAAAUUCUGGUAGCUGCAAUGCUUGUAAAGCUGUCUUUUACGGUCAAUUUUGCAAUAUAACUUGUAGUACAUCAUGCAUUGACCAGGAAUGUUCAGUUAAUGAUGGGAAUUGCACGAAGGGUUGCAUAACUAACUAUUACGGACCUCAGUGCAAAGAAGAAUGCUCCGUGAACUGUAAGGACAAUUACGAAGAAUCACGAUGUGACAAGAGUGGCCAAUGCUUACUUGGAUGCAUCGCUGGUUUCAAAGGCAUGUUCUGCACAGAUGAGUUAAUUGCAACAGGAGGGUUGUCAGCAACCAGUAUAGCUGUGAUCAUUGCAGUUGUUCUCCUAUGCGUUAUUGGCAUAGUAGUUAUGUGCUGCAUUUAUCGAAGACGUUUGUUUCGAACAAAGCCAACGUAUGAGGUUCAUAAAAAUAUGACGGAUAACAUUUCAUUGGACAGUGUUGAAGUCGAAAAGCGUACAGCUUCUACGAAAGGCGUUUCAUCAAAAAAGUCUAAGACUAAUCGAAAAUCCACAGACGGUAUCGCCAAUCCUGUAUAUCGGGAUAUUUCUGAUGAGGAAACAUCAGACACUACAGAUAUUCAUGUGUCAGAACGAAAACAUCAACAGGAGGACGGCUCGUUAACCAAUGUGUUUUCGACGGUAUGUGAAGACUUCAAACCGGAACGAGCGUGUUUGACUUUCGGAAAACAUUUAGAAGAAGGUCAAGAAAUGGAAAAUUCUUCAAUAACAACAUCAGCUGAAUGCUUAGGUACAGAAAUGACAUCAAAGAUAUCUAAUUCUACAAUAGACAGAGGUUUCGAAAAUAAACCUUCGUCUCCGACUUCUUCAUCAUUUGCUGAAGGUGUCAGUGUGGAGAAUGUGUCAACGACUAGUGAUGCAACAGUCCCUUGGUCAUCGAUCGAUGUUGCAUCAUUUGGCGAGUAUGUGGAUAAAAAAAUUUCAACAGCGACUAAUGGUACAUCACUACAGAGAGGAUUGGAUUUAAACGUUUUGUCUUCGACCGACAUUUCGACAUUUGCUGAAGAUGGGGAACGUUUGACAACGAUUUCUGGUGAGCAACUAAAUUUAUCAGAAAAGAACGGUCUGUCCCCAACAAGUGUUUCCACAUUUGCUGAAGGUUUUGAUAAGAAACGUUUGGUAACAUCAAGUGAUACUACAUAUACAAACUUAGAAACAGAAAUUUCGUCACCGGACAGUGUUGGCACCUUUUCUGAAGGUUUUCAUGAACCAAGUUUGCUAACGUCUAGUGGUUCAACAUCAGAAAGAGUAGAAAUGGAACAUUCGCCACUUACCGAUGUUACAACAUUAGCGAAAGGUUCUACUAUUGAAAGCUUGCAAAUGGCUGAUGUUUUAAUGCAAGAUGGAAACAUGAAAACGGAAAUGUCGCAAAUGAGUAGUAAUUCUAUAUUGAAUGGGAAUUUAGAAAUGCAAAUUUCGCCAACCACCGGACAACUAUCAUCCGACAAACAAUUGCAGAUAGACAGUCCGGCACCGAUUAACGUUGAAACUGCAAGCGAAGUUGUAAUUAAAAACAAAGAAACGGAGGAAAUCGACAGUCUUGCAAUGGUAAACACAACAGAGAUUGUUGCUACAGAUGAUCAGGUUGAAGUCAGGAAACUCGGGGACUACAUUGACAAAAAAACCGAAGCGGAUUACAAGGAAGAGUUUCGAAAAACGGCAACCUUCCAAAAUGAUACUCUUUGUACCUCUGAUACACAGGUGGAUAACGGAAAACAACAAAAAACCGACAAUGGUGCAGUUGUUUCGGUGGACGAUGCCUUUAGUGUUCCUGUCACUAUUUUAGAAAAAUAUAUUGAUGGUCAUAAUAGAAAGAAAGAAUACAUUGCGUCGGAGGAUCCAGUGGACACGAACAACGUGGAAGAUAUAAGUGCAUUUUGGAAGAUGGUUUGGGAAGAGAAAGUUGAAAAGGUUGUCAAUCUGUCUGAGGCUGUAAUUGGCAAACACCAGGAAGGCGAAUAUGUACACUAUUGGCCAGAUCCAGAUUCGUUCAAGAAAUUUGGAAAAUUCCAAGUUACUUCUACAUCAGAAGAAGAAUACGCUGAUUACACAAAGCGAGUUUUCAAAAUUACGAAGGGCUCCAAGGAAAGGACUGUACACCAGUUUCACUAUACAUCAUGGCCAGAAAAGGGUGUCCCAGAUGACGUUACAUCUGUAGUAGAUUUUCGGGAGAAGGUGUUGAAUGCUCCAUCCAAACUGAAUGGGCCAACAAUUGUUCAAUGCAGAAAAGGUUUAGGGCCAAUCGGAACUUAUAUUGCCCUUGAUAUCUUGACCAAGAAAGGCGAAAGCGAAGGCACUCUUGAUAUACCAGGAUGUGUAAAAAACCUUCGGCAAAAGCGGCAAAAUCUUAUACAAACACCGGAACAGUAUCGCUAUCUGCACAAGACUUUGGCACACUCUCUAGCGGCUAGGAGUAUUACAGUGUCUGGAGACAAGUUCCCGAAGUACGUCAAAGACGCACGGAAAUCGGAAUUAAAACAGCAGUUUGAGCAACUACAACAAAGUUUUAAACCGGACAGUGAAGAGGUUCAAAAGAAGGAAGGUGAGGAAAACAAAAGAAGACUUCAUUUUAGCGUGAUACCAGAUGCAUCAGAUUAUGUAAACGCGAAGUUCAUUGAUGGUUUGCGAGUCAAGAGGCGAUAUCUUAUGUCACAGACUCCGCUUCCGGAGACGGUCGGGGAGUUUCUCACUCUUGUUAUUGAGGAAAACAUUUCAUGUAUUGUUAGCUUUGAAGUAGAGAAAGAACUUAAGAAGACUGAUGGUAUAUAUUUCCCUGGCUGCGACAUGGAUGCUUUAAAGAAGGGCGAUUUUGAAGUAACUUGUACAAACGAGCAAGACACAAAUGGCUCCUUUAUGACAAGAUCUUUAACUGUAAAAUCAGGCGUUUUACAGCAGAAUACCGACGGGAAGCCGAUUCCUCAUUAUCAGUUUCUGAAAUGGGAUAUGCAAAAAAAUGUUCCAACGUCGGCUGCAGAAUUUCUAUCAUUUAUGAAGUUCGUCGAGGAAACGGCAAACAAACAAAACAGAGGGCCAAUACUCAUCCAUUGUUUUGACGGCGCCAGCCAGAGUGGUCUCUUUGUAGCUGUAUCCCUGGCAAUACAACAGAUGUCAGAGGAGCACGAGGUCAGCAUUGUUAGUGCUGUCAAAAAAGUGAAGGCCGCGAGGACAAUGUCUAUACCAAACCAGGCGCAGUUUGAUUUCUGCCACGACUGUGUGCUGGAAUAUCUCAAGGCAUCGAAAGCAGAUCGGGACACAAGGAAGAAAUGAACUAUGUAUCAGUGACGUUGCAAUUUGAGCAUCAACUAUCAGCUGACUAUGUGUACCAGAUUGAAAAUAACAUUGUAAUGUUCAUUGUAUUAUUAAUCUGUAUUUUGAUUUUAUUGUAAACUAAUGACGCUUUUUUGUAUGCAAUCAUUUAUAUAGCGUUUUUUACCGUUUUCAAUAACAUACGGAUAUCUGUACAGAGACGCCUUUCUGACGUCCCAUAUCACGCCGAGUUCGGUGUAUAAACACGUAUACGUCCUGUCCACGUGAUACAAGCCGUGAGAAAAGCGUCCUUUCGAAAGAUGCCUUUAUUUUGAUUGUUCGUAGUUUUACCCUCCCGGAAAGGAAUUCAUAAUUUAGUGGAUAUCUAUAAAACAUGACAUCAAUCAAUCGUAACAACUCGGCCGUUUCCGGUAGGCUUCGAGAUAGUGUCCGAGUUGUUACGAUUGAACCUCAAUAAACAAGCGUAUCUACGGAAUCAGAAAAAGACAGUACCGUUUUCAGCUGUGUUCACUGUUGGAUAGGGAAGUGGGAAAUGAUAUAAAUGGUAUAAAGGGCAUACAUUAAAAGAUUGUCACAUGUUAUACUUGUCUAUAUUUAGUAAAACCGUGUUUAAUUUAAGUUGUAUACAUGUGAGGCCUUAAAUGUAUAUCAUAUUUGAACUUGAAAUAUUGAGCAAUGGACACUAAAACAUUUGAUGAAUGCUAUAUGUAUGUAUUUUAUUUAUUGACGGUAACACACAAUGCCAUUAGACUUAUUUACAAUAUGGCCGACAUCAAACAGAACAAUAGCAACGCAAAGAGAAAAACAAAACACGCGCGCGCGCGCACACAUACACACACGCGCACACGCACACAUACACAUACGCCCGCACACACACACACAGACGCGCGCACACACACACACACAACACAUACGCACACGCGCACAGGAACACACACCCACACACACACGCACACACACACAACACAUACGCACACGCGCACAGACACACACGCCCACACACACACGCACACACACACAACACAUACACACACGCACAGACACACACGCCCACGCGCACAGACACAAAACACACACGCACACGCACACACAAGAAAAAUUUUUUAUCGUAUAUAAUCUUAUAUAUAGUUUUUACAUGUUUGUAUUCCUAAAGGAAUUUAAUCAUGGUAUAUAAUCUUACAUAUAGUUUGACAUGUAUGUAUUCCUAUACAAUAUAAUGCUUUUGUUGUACCAAAAAUCGUAAAUAAAUUAAUA